GAAUCUCUCUCUCUCUCUUUCUCCGAAGCUCAGCUCUCUCUGUACUUUUUUCCUAUUUCACUUUCACACACACUGUUUCACUAUCACACACACAAACUCAAACACCUUCUCUCUAUCUCUCUCUCUCUCUCUCUCUCACUAAAUGGGCGAAUCUAGCUUUCGAAGAUGAAGAUCACCGGCAAGCCGCAACUGCCGGCGACAUUCGCGGCGAGUUUUUCCUCCAAAACCCAAAACCCUUCUCCGGACACAGAUCUUCAGUACAAGCCUAGUACCAGCUCUCGCAGGUCCACUCCGCGCCGAGCGACCCGGAACCCGACCCGUUUGAGGCGAACCGGAGCUCCGAACUCAGGCAGGCGUAGCCGGCCCGAGACUCCGCUACUCGGCUGGAAGAUCCACCACGGAGGUAGGAAAAACGACGAGGAGGAGAACGACAAGUCGCCGCCGCGGCGAGAAUGUCGCCGGAAAGUACGAGAGGAAGUUGUCGUUUCGGCCAGGAAGCUCGCCGCUGGGCUAUGGAGGUUGCAGAUGCCGGAAAUGUCCGCCGGCGUCGGAGAACGGAGCAGUGUCCGGAGGAACGAAGCUCAGUUAGGGCUUCAGCAUAGUAUGGGCCAUGUAGGUGAUCCUUUUAUGUGUCAUCGUAGCAGUAAAGCUUAUGGUUUUGAAGAGAAGGAUGAUUUACAAGCCCCUGGUUCUGUUGCUGGCACAAAUAAUGGAUUCUUGUGUAAGCUUGAACCUUCAUUUCAGUUCUCAAACCCUGCAAUGGAGGGGGCAACAAAGUGGGACCCUGUCUCCUUAAAGACAUCAGAAGAAGUGCGGCAGAUUUACAGUCACUUGAAGCUCCUUGACCAACAACUAGGUGCUGUUUCAGUGGUUUCUGCACUUCAAACCGAAUUAGAGCAGGCUCGAGCCCGCAUUCAGGAGCUUGAGACUGAGCGGCGAUCAUCAAAGAAGAAACUUGAGCACUUUUUGAGGAAAGUCAGUGAGGAAAAGGCCUCUUGGCGAAGUAGGGAGCAUGAGAAAAUCCGUGCAUUUAUUGAUGACUUGAAAACUGAAGUGAACAGAGAAAGGAAAAAUCGACAGAGGACUGAAAUCAUGAAUUCCAAAUUGGUUAAUGAGCUGGCUGAUGCCAAAUUAUCAGCAAAGCGAUAUAUGCAGGACUAUGAAAAAGAAAGAAAGGCCAGAGAAUUAAUUGAGGAAGUAUGUGAUGAGCUUGCAAAGGAAAUAGGAGAAGACAAGGCUGAAGUUGAAGCACUAAAGAGGGAGUCCAUGAAACUCCGAGAGGAAGUGGAAGAGGAAAGGAGGAUGUUGCAGAUGGCUGAGGUCUGGCGUGAAGAACGUGUUCAGAUGAAGCUGGUUGAUGCUAAGGUGGCCCUUGAACAGAAGUAUUCUCAGAUGAGCAAGCUUGCAGCAGAUCUGGAGACAUUUCUGAGGUCAAGAUGUGCAACUCCAGAUGUGAAGGAGAUGAGAGACAUAGAGUUGCUUCGACAGGCUGCGGCCUCUGUGAAUAUUCAAGAUAUCAAGGAAUUCUCAUAUGAACGUCCCAAUCCGGAUGAUAUUUUCUCCGUUUUUGAAGAUGUUAAUUUUGCUGAAUCCAAUGAUAGGGAGAUUGAACAGUGUGUCACUUACAGUCCUGCUAGUCCUGCCUCCAAAAUUCAUACAGUGAGUCCUGAAGUUAAUGUGAUCAAGGACAGCAUUCACAGACUUUCAAAUGCAUUUACUGAUCAGAAUGGUGAUAUAGAAGAAGAUGAAAGUGGGUGGGAAACUGUGAGCCAUCUUGAGGAUCAGGGCUCAAGUUAUUCACCAGAAGGGAGUGCCCCAUCUGUCAACAGGAAUCACCGAGACAGCAAUGUCUCAAGGAGCGGAACAGAAUGGGAGGAAAAUGCUGGCGAAGAAACACCAAUUACUGAAAUCAGUGAAGUCUGCUCAGUACCGAGGCAGUUGAAGAAGGUGUCAUCCAUUGCACGGCUUUGGAGAUCAUGCCCAAGUAAUGGGGAAAAUUGCAAGAUUAUCUCUGUAGAGGGACUGAAUGGUAGACUUUCAAAUGGAAGGAUGUCCAAUGGAAGCAUCUUAUCUCCAGAUAGGGGGUCAGGUAAAGGUGGCAUUAGCCCCCCAGAUUUGCCGGCGCAGUGGAGUUCUCCUGAGUCCGGGAAUCCUCAUGCAACUAGAGGGAUGAAAGGGUGCAUUCCUCGCAGCACUCAGAAGAAUAGUUUGAAGGCAAAGCUUUUGGAGGCGAGGAUGGAAAGCCAGAAGGUCCAAUUGCGCCAAGUUCUUAAGCAGAAGAUUUAGACACAGUGAGGCAGAGCUUGCUCAUCUUUGUUACCAACAAAGACAAAUGGAAAUAAGUAGUUUCAUUGCCACCUUGAAAGGAACCCAUUUGAAACUGCUCAGAGGUCGUUGUGAGGAGCCUGUGAAUAAAAUGCACACGAAUGGCGGGGUGGAAUCACUCAUUUUCUGGUUCUCCAAUUUGUAUCUACAAUUGAUUAUGUUCUGCAGAAAAGUUUCUGUUCACGAGUGAUGCCAACCCCUAAGGAAUAACGAUAUUUUAAUGGAUCAGCCAGGUUAUCUUCUGUCAUGAGUAGCCCAUUUGCUUGUUUAGGUUAUAGGAUUCUCAUUGCAAGUGACUUGGGGAGCAAACUAUGCUAUUUGUACCGUAUCAUUAAGACAGACACCAUCAAGGAAUGAAAUGCAUGCUAGAAAAAUGAUGAAAAUUUUCAUUUGUAAUA